AUGCGUGUUUCUGUAGUUACAAUGCUGAAAUGCGUCGCAAAGUGCAGCGGCGAGAAUGAUGAAACGAGGGAAAACGUAAUCGUAGGCAAGUUGCUUCUCGUUGGUACGUCUCAUUUUAGCAAAGAAAGUCAAAUGGACGUUCGGCAGAUUAUUAGAACGUGGGUGCCAGAAGCCGUCGUGGUUGAGCUGUGUAGAAGCCGGUCAGUUGUGCUUCACAUGGACGAAGAGAAUCUUCUGAUGGAAGCCAGCAAGCUGUCUACAGAGCGAGUGUUUUCUAUGAUUAAACAGUUCGGAGUAAUGCGCGGCUUAACGCAAGCGUUGUUGCUCAAUGUAUCAGCUCACAUUACCCGUCAAAUAGGUAUGGCUCCAGGAGGAGAAUUCCGGGCCGCAUAUGAAGAGGCAUCGAAAAUCCCCGGAUGUUUGUUCCAAUAUGGUGACCGGCCCAUAUCCAUCACGAUGCAGCGCGCUCUGGCAGCUCUGGGACCGUUUAAGAAGCUGAUGUUCCUGUGGUCCAUCCUAAUGUCGCAGAAUGUGAAAAUAAAGUACGAUUUAUGGCUGCUUGUCUAA